UAUUCUGCUUCAGCAGUGAUGUUUUGAGUUUUGCGGAGUGAGGUUGUUUUGGAAUUUUCCUCUGUGAAGAAAAUGUAAUUUUCUCUGUGAAAAAAAGCACAAACAACACACAAAAAUGCUACCAAAAGUGAUAUUACUCGCCUGUGGCUCCUUCAGCCCCCCAACCCCAAUGCAUUUCCGUAUGUUUGAAAUUGCGAGGGAUCAUUUCCAGCAGAUGGGCACGGCGGACGUUGUGGCGGGCGUCGUGUCCCCCGUGCAUGACUCGUAUGGGAAAAAGGGCCUCGUGGCGGCAAAGCAUAGAACAUCAAUGCUGAAGCUGGCCCUGAAGACAUCCGACUGGAUUCGCGUGUCCGAAUGGGAAACGCUCCAGGAUGGAUGGACACGGACGCGUGUAACGCUGCAGUACCAUCAGAACUACAUAAAUUCCCUGCUGAGUGAGGAGAAUAACCGCGAGACGAUCCCCGCGUGGUUGCCAAAUAGCCUCAAGCAAAUGUCCGGAACGGUACAGGUGAAGCUCCUCUGUGGGGCUGAUCUUCUAGAAUCUCUCAGUGUGCCUGGACUGUGGGAGAAUGAUGAUAUUGAAGCAAUUCUGGGUCAUCAUGGGCUCGUUGUGAUCUCAAGAAGUGGCUCCAAUCCCGAGCAGUUUAUCUUCAAUUCGGAUCUCCUUAGCAAAUAUCGGCGAAAUAUAACGAUUGUUACGAAUUGGGUGCCAAAUGAAGUGAGCUCAACGAUGAUUAGGAGGCUCCUGAGUCGUGGGCAAUCAGUAAAGUACCUCCUGGAGGACACUGUAAUUGAUUACAUCAUGAAAAAUUCCCUCUUCGGAGCGAAUAGUCAUAAGUACAUUUUAACGCCAAAUCACAAUGAGAUUGCAUACUUGCAAGCCCCAUCGCCUGGGAAUGGUGACGAUGGGAUUGUGCUGAAUUUGCACAAAGUUGACAAUAGUGGGCAUCAGCGGCAGUACGAGGAUAUGGAUGAGACGGACUAUGGGUCACAGAGAUCGUUGGAAUACUCAACGAAUGGCAGUGGGGAGCUGGUGCGCCCGAAGAUGUUCUGCUGCGGGGAUUCGCUGAACAUGAAGACACUCCGCAAUCGCCCGGGGCAGGCUGUGCAGAUACGCACGGAUGCAUCGGGGAGUCACAGCACCGUCGACACAGACGAGGUAAAGAAUAAGAAAUUGAAGACAACCGCAUGCCCCCUUUAGAUGAUGUUCGAAGACCAAAAAAAUGUGUUACUGUUUACCGGCUGCUGUUAUCUUUCGUUUGUGAUGUUUAAACUGCAAAGAUUUUUUCGUUCAUUUUUUUUUAUUUCCUUUCAAAGAAUUUUUAUUUUAUGUAUUUUUUAAGUGUAUAAAACACACACAUCUAAUUCUAUAAUAAUAUAAAUUAGCUACAUUAUGAAACUUUUUUUGGCAAUUUCUUUUUAAUGUUUUCUUCGGAAAAGAAGAAACAUUUAUUUUUGUUGCCUCAAAGUUCUAUAUUUUUCAAUUUAGAUAAGUGGAUGGACACGAGAUAAAAAUGCUUUAGGUUUUGUUGGAUUCAUUUGACAUGAGUUCAAUGUGACAGAUGUCAGAAAUCUGACAGAUGUUCCUUGACAUUUUUAUCUUCGGUGACAUCCGCUUUAGACUUUUUGAUUCUUGCAGGCUGUUCGGUUUUAGAAAACCAAGAAAAUUUUAUUUAUGACAUUUUUGAAUAGAAUUUAAUUAAAUAGUUAUAUAGUUACAUUUAGUGAGUUGGAUUUAGAGAACCCAUAGUAUACAUAGCAAUUUACCAAACUAUUUUUUAUGGAUGAUUUUAAAAAUAUUAACGAGUUAAAAUAAUGAACAUUAAAAUGUAGAAAAGGUAGUAUUUAUUUCUUUUACAAUAUAAAUUGAAAUCUUUUGGCAUUCAGUUUUAAAUGAAAAUUGGGGAAAGGCAAAUAAAUUUUUGUUAUUGAUUUAAAAAAAUAAUAUUUAUACAGUCACGCUUGCAUAAACUGACAAUUAAACAUUUUAAUUUUAAUAAUUGUUAAUCAAUAUCUGACUAUAUUAUACAUGAAUCGUAAUGACCGACGAGGUAGUUAUAAUAUUUAAUUAAAUAGAAAUUGUUGAGAAAGCUAUUUGCUCAAAGAAUUUUUGAAAUAUUUUAGCAUGAGCGAACAUUUUUUAAAUAGUUAACAGCCCCAAGUGAAAAUCAAAUCACCCUGAUUGUAUGACUAUUAAUAAACAGAAAAAUACCUUAAUCUUUUCAGUGAUAAAAAUUAUAAAAUUAUUGAUACAUUUAAACGAAACAUAUUUAAUGUAUCAAAUUGAUUAAAUAGAGAUUGUAGAAAAAAA